UCUUGUUGCACGCGCAAAAGCGCGCGGCAAAGGUGUAACUAGGAUGGCCAGGAUUCAAAGUUACAAGCGAACCUGGCAAAAAACUCAUCAGCACUUAAUUAUGGCAGGCUGACUCCUGAGCCUUCAAGUCACCUUCAAAAUCAGAGCGGAAGGACAAGCUUCGAGCAGCUUGCAGGACAAUUCAGCAGGCCCAUUUGAUUUUGGUAAGCCGGUGAGCAUGGAUCCGGGGCCGUCAACGUCUGCGUCAGUAGCGCGCCAGACAUGGGAGCUGGAGAAUAAUGUUGAGGAGGUGGAGGCGGAUAAGAUCUUUAGAUAUGAUGAAGCGCAAGCCAGCCAGACACAGGCCCAAAAACCCUGGACAAAAGACCCCCACUUCUUCAAAAAAGUGCGCAUCUCGGCGCUCGCCCUUCUCAAAAUGGCUGUGCACGCGCGAUCGGGUGGGACAAUUGAGAUCAUGGGGAUCAUGCAGGGCAAAACAGACGGAGACACAAUGAUUGUGAUGGAUGCCUUUGCGCUUCCGGUUGAAGGAACGGAGACGAGAGUCAAUGCACAGGCUGACGCUUACGAGUACAUGGUGGAGUAUGCCCAAGCAAACAAGCAGGUCGGAAGAUUGGAGAAUGUCGUCGGCUGGUACCACUCCCAUCCAGGUUAUGGCUGCUGGCUGUCCGGGAUUGAUGUCUCCACGCAGAUGCUCAAUCAGCAGUAUCAGGAACCGUUUCUGGCCGUGGUCAUUGACCCAACACGGACAGUGUCAGCGGGGAAAGUAGAGAUUGGAGCAUUCCGAACAUAUCCCCAGGGUUACAAGCCCCCAGAUGAACCUGCUUCAGAGUACCAGACAAUCCCUUUGAACAAGAUCGAAGAUUUUGGCGUGCAUUGCAAGCAGUAUUACCCUCUUGACAUCACCUACUUCAAGUCCUCUCUCGACUCCCACCUCCUCGACCUGCUUUGGAACAAGUACUGGGUCAACACGCUGUCCUCCUCUCCUCUUCUGGGAAAUCGGGACUACGUCGCCGGACAGAUUUCCGACCUAGCUGAGAAAUUGGAGCAUGCAGAGACUCAGCUAGCACAUUCAAACCGAUUAGGAGGCGGCUUCCUCAUGAUGACGGCGAAGAAGAAGGAGGAGGAGUCUCAAUUGUCAAAAGUGGCAAAGGACAGCUCGAAGAUCACGGUGGAGCAAGUGCACGGCCUCAUGUCUCAGGUGAUCAAGGAUGUACUUUUCAACAAGAAGGCAGUUGCGAACAGCGCAAGCAGUGCGAACGGCCCUGCACCAAUGACAGAAUAGCAGCGAAGUGGGAGUACAUCGAGCUGACGAGUCCGAACUUGAUUCUUCAGAAGCGAAAUGAGAUGGAUCAAGAUACCACCGCAAUUCUCUGUUCUCGCUGCAUGCUGCCAUGUCAAUUGAAGUUUCAAGGAGCUCUGUGGGACGGUGACCCCAAUUGUUAACAACAUUCAAGUAUGUGCACGGCAUGAUUGAAGGAUUGCAGUAUGACGAUACACAUG